UAAUAAAUAUUUUGUUUGCCUUUCUCGUCUUUAAAUUUAGAUGGCCAUUUGUAUUCUGAGAAAAAUUGUAGAUUUUUUCAGCUUUUUCCAAAAAUUACUUGAAACAAUCUAGGAAGAGAAAAUUUGAAUUAUCAAGAUGUACACAUUGACUGAUACGUGUUCAUCUAGUUAGCAUGUGCGUAGCCUUUUUCAUUGAUGUGUUUUUUUAUAGGUUAUAAUCGGCUUACUUUACAAGAAUAUAUGAGAAUCAAUUAACUUAAUAAUAGAGAUUUUAAAUAAAAUCUAAUAUUUGAUGGACGUUGAAUUGGAUGAGGCAAGUGCAAGUUCUGAUAAGUAAGUUCUGUGCAAGUUCUGUCCUAAGUAAGUUAAUUAUUAUAAAGUUGUAGUCUAUUUGCCAACAUGUCUGGAGAACUCCAAGAAAAAAUUCUGCAGUAUUUGGAUAAACAUGAUAGCGUCGACUCUCUAAAACUAUCCGAAAGUCUUCAAGAAGAUCAUCAAAAAGUAGUAGGUGCUAUCAAAAGUCUUCAAUCUUUAGGAGAUGUCAUUGAUGCUAAAUCGCAAAGCCUUAAAACAUGGGAGCUAACUGAUGAAGGAAAGCAAGUCUGCCAAGCUGGAAGUCAUGAAGCUCUUAUUUUCAACGCAGUGCCUGAUGCUGGUAUUCCGCAAGCUGAUUUGAUGAAGAGUGUCCCAAAUGCCAAAGUUGGUUUUAGUAAGGCAAUGUCAAAAGGCUGGAUAGUUUUGGAUAAGGCAAGUGGUUUAGUUCAACGGAAGGUUUCAAAUAUUUCUGACGAAGUGCAAGAACAUUUAAAAUUGAUAUCUUCCAAUGAUUCAGAAAACGUUGCUCUUAAUUGCAAACUGGAUUAUAAAAAGAGAAAGCUGGUACAGGAAAUAACUACCAACUACUCUCUAUUAAAAAAAGGUACAAAUUUUUCAACCACUAUAACUAAACCUGAAACUGAUCUUACUCCUGAGAUGAUUGCUUCAGGGUCAUGGAAAACCAAAUCUUUCAAACCAUAUAACUUUGAAGCUACAGGAAUACUACCUUCUAGUGGACAUUUGCAUCCUCUUUUAAAAGUUCGCACAGAAUUCAGGCAAAUAUUCUUGGAAAUGGGAUUUACUGAAAUGCCAACCAACAACUUCAUUGAGAGUUCAUUUUGGAACUUUGACGCUCUCUUCCAGCCUCAACAACAUCCUGCUCGAGAUGCUCAUGACACAUUUUUUCUCCUGGAUCCUAAAUUGACGGACGAUUCCAACUUUCCACCAGACUAUUUGGAGAAAGUGAAAACUGUCCACAGCAAAGGAGGAUACAGAUCUCAAGGUUAUAGGUAUGACUGGUCAGUCAAGGAAGCGCAGAAGAAUCUCUUUAGGACUCACACUACAGCUAAUAGUGCUCGCAUGUUGUACAAGUUGGCACAGGAAAAAGAAUUUAAGCCAUCAAAAUUCUUCAGUAUUGACAGAGUUUUCAGAAAUGAAACGCUCGAUGCGACCCACCUUGCCGAGUUUCAUCAGAUUGAAGGAGUCAUCGCUGAUUAUGAUCUGUCCCUAGGAAACUUGAUUGGCGUCCUCUACGAAUUCUUCAAGAAGUUGGGAAUAACUCAAUUGAAAUUCAAGCCAGCUUAUAACCCAUAUACUGAACCUAGUAUGGAAAUUUUCUGUUAUCAUUCUGGAUUGGGUAAGUGGAUUGAGGUGGGGAAUUCCGGCGUUUUCCGUCCAGAAAUGUUAUUACCAAUGGGCCUUCCAGAAAAGGUCAACGUAAUUGCCUGGGGUUUGUCUUUGGAACGACCAACAAUGAUCAAAUAUGGGUUGAACAAUAUUAGAGAACUAGUAGGACCUAAAGUCAACUUGCAGAUGGUACAUGAUAAUGCUAUAUGUAGAUUAGAAAAGUAAAAUGCUUUGAGAUGAAA